GCGUCCGUGGGCGAGGCAGCCAGCUCGGCGCCGUCGCGGCCCAGAUCAGUCAGGGACCGCGUCUCGACAGGGUUCGCCUUCGAGGAGGAGCCGGGUGUGCAGUUCGCGGGCGAGGCGUCCGCGGGCGAGGCAGCCAGCUCGGCGCCGUCGCGGCCCAGAUCAGUCAGGGACCGCGUCUCGACCGGGUUUGCCUUCGAGGAGGAGCCCGGCGUGCAGUUCGCGGACGAGGCGUCCGUGGGCGAGGCAGCCAGCUCGGCGCCGUCGCGGCCCAGAUCAGUCAGGGACCGCGUCUCGACAGGGUUCGCCUUCGAGGAGGAGCCGGGUGUGCAGUUCGCGGGCGAGGCGUCCGCGGGCGAGGCAGCCAGCUCGGCGCCGUCGCGGCCCAGAUCAGUCAGGGACCGCGUCUCGACCGGGUUUGCCUUCGAGGAGGAGCCCGGCGUGCAGUUCGCGGGCGAGGCGUCCGUGGGCGAGGCAGCCAGCUCGGCGCCGUCGCGGCCCAGAUCAGUCAGGGACCGCGUCUCGACAGGGUUCGCCUUCGAGGAGGAGCCGGGCGUGCAGUUCGCGGGCGAGGCGUCCGCGGGCGAGGCAGCCAGCUCGGCGCCGUCGCGGCCCAGAUCAGUCAGGGACCGCGUCUCGACCGGGUUUGCCUUCGAGGACGAGCCCGGCGUGCAGUUCGCGGACGAGGCGUCCGUGGGCGAGGCAGCCAGCUCGGCGCCGUCGCGGCCCAGAUCGGUGAGGGACCGCGUCUCGACCGGGUUCGCCUUCGAGGAGGAGCCGGGCGUGCGGUUCUCGGGCGCGGCGUCCGUGGGCGAGGCAGCCAGCUCGGCGCCGUCGCGGCCCAGAUCAGUGAGGGACCGCGUCUCGACUGGGUUCGCCUUCGCAGAGGAGCCGGGCGAGCAGGGGUCGUCGGCCUGCGUGGUGGAG